AUGGAAAAAGUAUCUGACUCACGCUCAGGCUCAAAGGAGGAGACUCGAGACAAUAUUGAGGUACUAAUGUUUAAAAAUAAUAUUAGCUUUCAGAGAUCUCUAACGUUUUUUCCCGAUUCCAGUACUUGUGAUCUUGAAAAAGAACUUAAAGAAGUAAAGAGCAGGUUAGAAGAGGCCUCGAAAAGAAUCAAAGACGCAGAGGUGCUUAAAAGAAAUUAUCUUGCAAACAAGAAUAUGCACGAGAAGGCAAAUGAUCAGGAAAAGGAGCAGGAGAAACGGGUAAUGGAGGAUUCGCGCCGGAAACUUAGCGACUUUGUUAAAGAACUUGACCAAUGCAUUCCUCAGAUGCUUGCUAAGAAUGAUGAAGAACUUUACAAGUACAUGCUGAAAUACUUCACCAGUAAAUGCGAGUACCUGAACAGUACACUCUCGGAGACAAGAAAAAUACUGAAUCAAAUGAAAUUCGCAAGAGAGUCUAACCCUGCAUCAUCCAAAUACCCCAGGGUAUCUCCACUUUCUCCAAGCUCCCCCCCUGGACACCAGGCCCCUUCAAACGGCAGCACAGCAGAUGAUAAUGCCUACACUCAGCCGCUCAACCCUCCACCAAAGUCGGCUACCGAUGACCAUCAGGCCGAAGGCACGGCGGCAUCAACUCAUCCGACUGUCUCAAACAGCGACUCGAGGCACAACGGCUUAGGAACUAGUACCCACGAUCAGGCCAACAGUGAACUCGCCUCACGCACACCGCCCUUUGAUGUUAUUGCCGCUUUCGCUUACACAUCCGAGGAACAAGAUGAGCUAGAUUUCAAGGUGGACGAGCGUAUUACUGUUCUUCCCUGGGAAAAUUCCGAAGAUGAGGAACCGGGCUGGCUUUACGGAAAACAUCACGGAAGUGGACUAAAGGGCCUAUUUCCGGCCAAUUACGUGACACUAGCUUGA